CUUGACUGCUGGAUAGACUAUACGUGCGAUUGGUAUUUUUCUUUACUCUGAUCCUCUCUCUUCUUUAUAGUUUUGACAACAAAAUUGGUCACAACAAUCUCAAUUCUCACACCACACAACAUGAAAUCUCACAAACUGCUCAACUAUCAACUCCUCAAACACAACCACCUGAAAACCGGCAACACCAUUUCCCACAACACCAAAAUACAUCGCUCCCAUGUAGUAUUUUUCUCAACAACACCAAAUCCAAACACUAAUAAUCCACAAAAUCAAACUCUGUCUCCAAGCAUUCCCACAGAGCUAACCCCACGAACAAUACUUGAUUUGAUACAUUCUUCUCAGUGGCAUUUUAUCAAACACCUUGCACACAAAAUAACUCCUUCGCUAAUUUCAACUGCUCUCACUAGUCUCCAUAAAACCCCUGAUUUAGCCUUCCAGUUUGUAACCCAUAUUGGAUUCGGUGAUCUUGAUAUCAAAAGCAAGUGUCUUGCUAUGGCGGUAAUCUCUCACGCACCAAACUCAAAACCCUCGCUGCAGCUCUUGAAAGAAACUAUUAACAGUGGGGUUUAUAGUAUCAGGGAGGUUUUCAAUGAGCUGGGAGUUGCAAGGGGCGUGUUAGGAAUUAAAACUUACGUGCUUUAUGAUUUGUUGAUAAGGGCUUGUUGUGAAUUGAAGAGGGGUGAUGAUGCAUUUGAGUGUUUCGAUAUGAUGAAGGGAAAGGGUGUAAUUCCUCACGUUCACGCAUGUAAUGAUAUGUUGAGUUUGUUUUUAAAGUCAAAUAGGACGGAGAAGGCGUGGGUUCUGUAUGCUGAGAUGUUUAGGAUGAGGAUUAAAUCGAGUGUUGUUACGUUUAAUAUAAUGAUUAAUGUGUUAUGCAAGGAAGGGAAGUUGAAGAAGGCAAAGGAGUUUAUUGGGUUAAUGGAGGCCUUGGGGAUUAAACCUAAUGUUGUUACAUAUAAUACGAUAAUUCAUGGAUAUUGUUCAAGAGGAAGAGUUGAAGGUGCUCGUAUGAUUUUUGAUUUAAUGAAAUGUAGGGGGGUUAAACCAGAUUCGUACACGUAUGGUUCAUUUAUUAGUGGGAUGUGCAAGGAAGGAAAACUUGAGGAAGCAUCUGGGAUGCUUGAGAAGAUGAAAGAAAUUGGGUUGCGUCCAACUGCUGUGACUUAUAAUACUUUGAUUGAUGGGUAUUGCAAUAAAGGGAAUUUGGAGAUGGCUUUUGACUAUAGGGAUAAGAUGGUGAGGGAGGGUUUAAUGCCAACCGUUUCAACUUAUAAUAUGUUGAUUCAUGCAUUGUUUUUAGAUUGUAAGAUGGAUGAAGCUGAUGGUAUUAUAAAAGAGAUGAGCGAGAAGGGGUUGGUUCCUGAUUCUGUAACUUAUAACAUACUGAUAAAUGGAUAUUGCAGAUGUGGGAAUGUAAAGAAAGCAUUUACCCUCCAUGAUGAAAUGAUAAGCAAAGGGAUUCAGCCUACCCGUGUAACAUAUACUUCGCUGAUUUAUGUUUUGAGUAAACGGGGUAGAAUGAAACAGGCUGAUGACUUGUUUGAAAAGAUAGUCCGGAAAGGCAUUUUCCCAGAUCUCAUAAUGUUCAAUGCUUUGAUUGACGGUCACUGUGCAAAUGGGAAUAUGGACCGUGCAUUUGCAAUGCUGAAGGAGAUGGAUCAAAUGAAAGUUGUUCCUGACGAAGUAACUUUCAAUACCCUAAUGCAAGGACGUUGCAGGGAGGGAAAAGUUGAAGCAGCUCGUGAGCUUAUUGAAGAGAUGAAGAGCAGGGGGAUUAAACCUGACCAUAUUAGUUAUAAUACUCUAAUAAGUGGGUAUAGUAAGAGAGGUGAUAUGAAGGAUGCCUUCAGAGUUCGAGAUGAAAUGUUGAGUAUAGGAUUCAACCCUACACUUCUCACCUACAAUGCCCUGAUACAAGGUUUAUGCAAAAACGAGGAAGGAGAUCAUGCUGAACAGCUCCUUAAAGAAAUGAUUAGCAAAGGCAUUACUCCUAAUGAUAACACUUAUUUAUCUUUGAUCGAGGGGAUAGGGAAUGUUGAGGAAUUUUUGGGAAUCAGCAAUCCAUAGUUACUUAAUUUCUUUGACAGCAGCAUUUAAAUCUUUGCCAGUUAUAACAGAACCGUAUUGCAGAAAAGUUAUUCUUCUUUGUUUUCCACUGAGGCAAGUGCUUUUUCUGUCACAUUUUGAUGAUGCUGGAUGUAGAGUUUUGAAGUCUUGGUUCAGAAAACCUCCUUUUUCUAAUUAGUUUGUUAUAUUAUACUUGAACCUGAACUGGGGUCUCAUAAAGAAUGAACUACUUCAGCUUGGAGGUUGCACAGUUAUAAAAUGAACCUAUGCUGUUGUCUGACUUUGAAUUAAAAAGCAGUUGGAAUUGCAAGUGA